AUGCAUAUCCUCGGUCUAGCAAACGGCACACCUUCUGGAAAUUCUGAGAUUCUACUCAAGGCCGCACUGACAGCGGCUACUGAGUCCGACUCCUCCAUCACAACAUCAUGGAUACACGUUCCUUCUAUAUCUAUUCCAACGAACCCGGCACCUUUGGAUAGUCCUGUCGGCUUUGAUCUAGCUUCAAAGCUUAACGUUGCUUCCAACAAUGCACCUGACGACCGAGCUGCUGUUCGAGAAGCUAUCCUGGAUGCCGAUGCCAUAAUCGUUUCUACACCAACAUACAGCCAUCAACCUCUAGGCACAUUAAAAUUGCUCAUGGACAGGAUUGGAGGGCCUUCUCUAGAUGUCACUUUUGGCAAGACAUUCAACCCCGACAAACUCGAUCCACGGCUUGCAAAACCUAGAGUAUUGGGUUUUAUAGCUGUAGGAGGCUCUUCGACACCAGAUCAAUUCACUAUGGUGUUACCGACAUUGCAUCUCUUGUUUUAUGCUCUACAUGCCAAAGUGGUUGAUCAGUUCAUCGGUCAGGAUCUAGGAAGUUCGGGUGCCGUCUGUUUGCAUGCAGAUCUGAUUGCUCGAGCACAACGAAUGGGCAAGAAUCUUGCCAGCCAGCUUGGCAAGUCUUAUGACGAUACGAGAUACUUGGGCGACGAAGAAGGCGGUGCAUGUCCACAUUGCCAUUUGGUUAAAAUAGAGCUUCUGCCUGAGCACGGCAAGAAUGCGAUUGGGUGUACGACAUGUGGUACCAGAGGCCAUCUGACUAUGAACGAGCAUGGAAAUGUACUUCCAGUAUGGGAGGAAGAAUCAAAGUGGAGUUGCUUGACCUGGGCAGGAAAGCUGCAGCAUGCGAAAGACAUCGUGAGCUGGGCCAAAAGAGAUGAGCCAAGGAAAGCAGAUAUCAAGGAAGGGCAAGAAAGAUGGAAGCAAGUCGUUGUUCAGCAAAUCAGCUUGCCUAGUCAGAAGACGGCACAGGCCUAA